AUGUCGGCGCCGGCGUCGUUGGGGACCUGCCCCCUGUGCCACGAACGCCGGCUGCCGUCGUCGUCGUCGCGUACAGCAAGACUGAACAUUGGCUCGCACAUCCGGAUCAGCGACCGAGUGGUUGGGUUUAGUGACCGCCACAUGAGGCUUACGCUACGUCUCGUCUCCAAAUCGUUCCGAGACAAGGUGGACGCCCGCUUCUUUCGACACCUCUACGUCUCCCGCCCGUCAGAGUACGCGUCCAAUGACGAGUCGGAUGUAUCAGUGGACGUGUCCUGCCCGCGAGGCAGAGUCCCCGCCGUGGGCGGCUUCUUGUCGCGCUUCCCAGCUCGAGUGCUGGGAUACACGCAGAUCCUGUCGCUCCACCACGACCUGACGCGGUACGCACCCUACCUAUUGUGGCUGGUAUGCCAUACGCCCAACAUCGAACUCGUUCGCCUCCUCCAUCUGCCCCUCCCGGACGCCCGUUGGCCGGCACUGUGCGUGAUGGGUCCACAGGCCGAUACGACGAUCGCGUUCGCCCUUGUAUCCGACACGGUGCUCGCCACCGCGGCCAAGCGAGAUGUGCCUCUGUGCAUCUCUGUGCCACUGCUGCCCCCCGGCGUGCGGCGGUUCACGUUCCACGUGCGCUUCCUGCCCGCCGCGCGCGCCGCUGUGUUUUCGGGCAGCCUGGGCAAGAUUCGCCACCCACACAGCUUGCGGCAGGUCAUUCUCAUGUUCUCCCACGUGGACCGCCACGGCCACAGCUACAGCCACAGCCAAACUCACCCACCGGCGCCCAAGGACGUCGCCCUCCUGCAUCCUCAAGUCCCGCCGCUCCUCGCCCCCCUUCUGGACUGUAUGGCGGUCAACAUCCCGCGAGUGCACUACACCGUCGUCGGGCUCGAACACGUGCUACCCGCCGUCCACGGCGUGCCGGCUUCGGUGACGCUCUGGCGCGUGGAGCAGCAGAUACUCGCUGCUGUGGGCAGACUCGUGCCGUGCGGUGAUUUCGGGCAGGAGCCCGUAUCAAUGUCACCGUCGAUGUGCAUUGUCUUUCUGUCGCAUAAGCAGUAUCGUAACCAAGUUGGAAGGUAUGAGUAUGCCCUUGAAGCCAUGGAAUGA